CGUGCGUCCAGAGCGAUGGAAGACAUGGAACUACCCAACUACGCAACUCCUUGAUCCAAGCACUCACAACUCAUCCAUCUAGGCACUCACAACUCGAUCAUCUAGGUUCUAACGCUACACAACUGAGUGACAACUCGCUCAUCUUGCAUCCCAUCACCAAUACACCACCCACGCUCCAUGGCUUACAAGACCAAGUCCGUCCUUGUCACAGGCUGCUCUGCCGGCGGCAUAGGCCAAGCCAUUGCCUACGCCUUCCAUCAAAAGGGCUACCACGUCUUCGCCACCGCCCGAACGCCGUCGAAAAUCCCAUCGACUCUGUCCAGCGCGCCCAACGUCACCGUUCUCGAGCUCGAUGUUUUGUCCUCGGACUCCAUUGCCGAGGCGGUUCAGAGCGUCUCCGCCAAAACCGGUGGCCGGCUAGACGUCCUCGUCAACAACGCGGGACAAGCCUCGGUCAUGCCUGCGCUCGACGUGGACAUUGACGAAGCCAAAAAGAUCUUCGACCUCAAUUUCUGGGCCCCUCUGGCCAUGCUGCAGGCUUUUGCGCCGCUGUUGAUCGAGGCACGGGGGUGUCUCGUGAAUAACACUAGCGCAAGUGCCGUGUGUCCCUUUCCCUUGAUGAGCGUCUACAACGCCUCCAAGGCCGCCCUGGCAACGGCAAGCGAGACUUGGCGCCACGAGCUCACUCCCUUUGGCGUACGGACCAUAACCCUCAUCACCAUGGGCGUCAACACGGGUUCGUUUACCAGGCCUGGGAGAAAGCCCACUGUCCUGCCGGAGUCGUCGCGGUAUGCCGCUAUCGGAGAUUUUGUCCUCGGCAUCCAAGAUGGGAGGAUGCAGAAGGGGGCCAUCUCGCCGUCGGAAUUCGCUGCCAAGGUCGUCAGCGAGGUGGAAAAGGGUGCAUAUGGGACUGUUUGGGCUGGCACGCAGGCUUUUAUCGGUCGGCUGAUGUUUUGGCUGUCGCCUCAACCUGUGUUGGACAUGCUUGUCCAGAGCAUCGUUCCGUUUGCAAAGGAGAUGGCCAAGGCUAGAAAGAAAGCGGAUUGAUAAGAUGAGACACAGCCUUGCUUGGAAUUAACGUCGGUCUGCUUGUGUUUUCGAUGUGGCUUCUCGUCAGAUGUAAGAUAGCCAAGG